CUCUCAAUAAUAACAUUAGGUAUAUACAAGUUAAGCAUGUAUACACAACCCACAACUCUAAAAGGAUAAAAUUUGCAGAAGAAAAAUUGUCCAAAUUUCUACACUCUUGAAUAGUCAUUUUGGAACGCUUGCAGUAGAUAUAGCCAUCAUUCCGCACCACUAGCCAUCGUGAGCAACCCUCCCACAUUAGUGGCUUCGAUUUUUAACGCUGUUCAGUUCCUUCCAGAAUGGCUUCCACAAUCUUCAGAACCUUCCAACUUCACCCCUUUCUGCUUUGUCCAGCAUCAUUUCUCAGAACAACAAAUGGGGUGGUUUUGCGCUGCGCAUCAUCAGACACCCAACAGCGGCAACCACAAACCAAGGUUUCAACCCAGUACAAGAAACUUGACAAAAUCCCAAAAGACUAUGAAGCUGUCAUUGGCAUUGAAACCCAUGUUCAGCUCUCUACUCUCACCAAAGCAUUCUGUGGUUGCCCUUAUAGUUAUGGGUCACCUCCCAAUACCACUGUCUGUCCUGUUUGUAUGGGCUUGCCUGGUGCUUUGCCUGUUUUGAACUCCAAGGUUAUUGACUUUGCUGUCAAGCUGGGCCUUGCUCUUAACUGUAACUUGUCUUUCAACUCCAAGUUUGAUAGGAAGCAGUAUUUCUACCCUGACCUUCCUAAAGGGUAUCAGAUUUCUCAAUUUGAUGUGCCUAUUGCUGCUGGUGGCUACCUUCAUGUGGAUAUUCCACUGGAGUUUGGUGGAGGCCACAGGAAGUUUGGCAUUACAAGGGUUCACAUGGAAGAGGAUGCUGGGAAGCUCCUACAUACAGAGAAUGAGAAUUACUCUCAGGUUGAUCUAAAUAGGGCAGGGGUGCCUUUGCUUGAGAUAGUUUCUGAGCCUGACAUGAGAAACGGUAUUGAAGCGGCAGAAUACGCAGCAGAAAUACAGAGAUUGGUACGAUAUUUAGGAGUGAGCAAUGGCAAUAUGCAAGAAGGUUCUCUUCGUUGUGAUGUAAAUGUAUCAAUACGGCCCAUUGGGCAAUCAAAGUUCGGGACAAAGGUUGAAAUAAAAAAUUUGAACUCAUUUUCAGCAGUAAGCAGAGCUAUUGAUUUUGAAAUUGCAAGGCAGGUGCAACUCCAUAGUAAUGGCCAGGAAGAUCAGAUAGUACAGGAAACUCGUCUAUGGGAAGAAGGCUCUCAGAGAACAAUUACAAUGAGGAUAAAGGAAGGGCUCGCUGAUUAUCGGUAUUUUCCCGAACCAGACCUUCCAGCUGUAAUCGUUUCCCAGGAAUAUGUUGAUGGUAUUCGAAAUUCUUUACCAGAGCUUCCAGAAGAAAAGCGUAGAAGAUAUGAAAAGAUGGGCUUAAGCAUGCAAGAUGUUCUCUUCUUGGCUAAUGAUCAAAAUAUUGCAGAAUUUUUUGAUGCUACUCUUGCAAAGGGUGCUGAUGCAAAGCUAGUUGCCAACUGGAUAAUGAGUGAUAUUGCUGCCUUCAUGAAAAAUGAGAAGUUGAGCAUAAAUGAAAUAAAACUUACGCCUGAAGAGUUGUCUGAGUUGAUAGCUUCCAUUAAAGGUGGAAUCAUCACUGGCAAGAUCGGGAAGGAGAUACUAUUUGAGCUAUUAGCCAAGGGUGGCAGUGUCAAGGAACUCAUAGAGAAAAAGGACUUGGUUCAGAUAGCAGAUCCUGCUGAGAUUGAAAAAAUGGUGGACAAAGUGAUUGCUGAGAAUCCAAAACAAGUAGAGCAAUAUCGAGGAGGGAAAACUAAACUGCAAGGCUUUUUUGCUGGCCAGGUAAUGAAGUUAUCUAAAGGCAAGGCAAAUCCUGGUCUCCUUAACAAGAUCCUCUUGGAGAAAUUGAAUUCAAAGAGCUGAUGCAUGCUACACGCUUUUUAGUCAUGAGAAAGAUAUAGACAUACAUUUUCCAAUUCGAUGCAUGGCUUCUUGCUGAGUUCAUGAAAUAGAUUCUGAAGGUUUUCCACAUCAGCUAUUGAGACUUGGGUGCUCUGUCCUUGUUUUCUUCUGCAGAGGACAUAACCAUUAUCUGAGGUGAUUUAAAAGGACAUGCAGCUUCUCAACCAUGCGGUUGAUAUCUCAAGUUAAUUGAUGGCUUCAAAAUUUCUUGAUGUAUCUCAAUGUAUUUUGAUUUUAGAAUGAGAAUAAUUUAAUAUUCUCUCUUUUGCUCAUACAAUAACAAGAGAGCAUACGUGUACCUUUUGCACAAUUGGCAGUUUUUGCUCCUACUCUACAUGAAUUCAUCUUCUGAUUAAUUUUAUUGAAGAAAUUACAUGAAAUAGUUUUUGUUUUCACUA